CUGUUCAUUCAGUACCUUUUCAGCUUUUGUGCGGAGUGGUUCACCAAUAUUUCAGUGCUCUGUGUGUUCCGUUUUUGAACUUUUCACAGAGACUUUUCGCAUUGGUUUGGUUUUUUUUUAGUUUUUCGUGGGUACUAGUUUUGCUUGGAUUUAUUUUUCUGUCGGAUAUUGGUGACAUUCGAAGAUUGCAGUACAGACGUGAAGAGUGAAGUUUUUGACAAAUUGGGCAAGUGAAAAAUUCAGUGAAGUUGGUCGGGUAUUGUUCAUUAAGGAAAAAUUGUGCUCCAUUCAUACACGCAUUCGUAUUGGUGUUGUUUAGUAAGUUUAUCACUGUCGCAAGGAUAAAAAGUGAUAAAGUGCGAAUCGUACAUUAUUGUUUGCGAAAAAAACGAAGGAUACAAUUUUGGCAAACUUUUCCAAUCACUGCAUGCCGUCUGUGAAAAAAAAUGAAUUGGCAAUACAUUUGAGUGGAGCUGAAACAACGUUGUUGAGCCGAGCCGAAGAAGGAAUAUAGGCAGUAAAGCCGGAUAGUGUGCGUGGUGUUCCAAGUGCCGGUGUAUCAGUGGUUCAGUUUAAAACUCAACAUUUUUCAGUAAUUCUGCAUGGAAUACACUUACCCCGCUCAGCAUAUUGCUGCGAGUGAGCGAGUGUGGUUGGAGAAAACGACGAUCGCCGUCAGCCAGUUGUGUGCCAUUGCUGCUGCUGGAAUCUCAUCGGAGGAGUGAUAAAAUGUGCGAUAAAAAUGUCUGAGCUUUCAGCCAUAGAUUUGUAAACAUUUGUCGAGGCUCGUUUGGUGUGUGGUGUUGUGACGCGUUCGUGUAUGGCAUGAAAAAUAUACAAUAGCUUAAAAUAUUGUGUGUUCAGCAAAAUAUACAUAAAAUCGAUCGAGACAGAAGCAAAAAUAAACGGUGCACGCAUUCUUCGAAUGGUUCAAGUGGGAGUGAAAAGUUGGUGCUCUUUCGAGGACCUCUCAUGACCGCAGUGCAGCUUGUGUGUGUAGUGCAAAAAAUAUGACCGGCGUUUUAUGAUACUUUGUCCGCUGUGGAGCAAUCGUUACAAUCGUGAGUGAGCGUGGUACACUAUCUGAAGUCGUCGGGUGGAUUGCACCGUGUGACAGUGUUGCUCGUUCGUUAUCAUCUAUCUGAUCAAUUUGUGUAACGAACUCUCCCCGUGCAAAAUCCAUGAAGAUGGCACGCUUGCCGAAGAACGCAGCUUUCGCUGUUGUGUGUCUGCUGCACUUGUUGAUUCUGUCCGGUCAAUGGCAAUCAACGAGUGCCAUUAGUAGCAGCAGUGUGUCAUCAUCGGUGACCGGAGCAGUUGCCGGCGGAAACAGCAGUGAAAAUGUGCUCCAAACAGCUGAGACCAGCUCACCGGGAACGACCGGUGGUCCGGUGGGAACCAAGCGGACGUGUUCUAAUGUGCAUUCCAUUUUUGAGCAACGGGGUUUCAACACGGCCAACAUGCCAACUGACCCAGUUACAGGUUCGUCGGCCUUUCCUUACCUACUGCCAGAACUGCUGGUGCAGCUUACGUUCGGGUUUUUUUUUUUCAAAUAUCCUUGUUUUUCCUUUAUGAACGCGCCUUGUUGUGCACGACAACAUCAAUCACCGACCGAGGCGCAACGCGCAACAGCCAGCAAGGGCAGAAGAAGCAGCAGCAGGAAAGCCUAAAACAAAGCACCAGAAAGUUAAUUACACCGCAAUUACGGGCGUAACUACGAAAACUUAACCCAUAUUUUUAUAGCCUCUCUACACCGCCGCACCACGCACCGGUUGGCUCAAAUUAUGAAUUUAAAGUACGAUUUUUCAAGCCUUGACGUGCUUUUCCGCUUGUUCGGUCGCAUCAUCUGUCCGGGUCUGCUAAGUCGCCGAUGUACAGAGUGGUCUGAGGGCUGAUGGAAAGACUAAAACAUUUAAUGUGCUUAUCUUCAGAAGGUAAUAAUCUUAAGUAUAUUUAUUUUCACUACUUAACGUUUAGGAUAAGUACAUUACCUGCCGCUCCUCAUCAUCGGCCACGCCCAGAUUACAACCGAAUCAGUAGCGAACACCAAAUUUGCAGGGUUGUUAUCCGACUUUCUUCCGGCUUUGGCAAACUUCUAGAUGCUGGAUUUGCCCUAGAGUGCAGUGAGUUCGUGGUUGUCCUUCUCAGACAUACACUGUUCUCCUGCAUACCGCCGAAGAUCAUCCUUAGCACGCGUCGAUCGGAAACUCCGAGUGCCUGAAGCUCCCCCUCAAGCAUGGCUCAUGUUUCGUGUCUUUAGAGGACUACCCUGCCGUGAAUCACAAGUCAGUCCCAUAUGCAUUUUGGGCAAAAAUGAGUUAAUGGCCGUUUUCGGUCUUUCUUCGGAUGGCCUUUCAGCUGCGUGAAUGAAAAUAUAUAGUUUGUUCAGUAAAAUUAAAAAACAACAUCAAGUCAGAUUGUCCCAUAAUAAAUUGUAAUCGCAAGUCAGUCCCAUUACGAAU